UGUAGAUUGAUGGAAAAUAGUAUAUGUAGGAACAUACCUAGGAAGUCGGACUUCAGACCAAUUUUGGAAGUUGAGUCUAGGUACCAACAGUUCUCAGAGAAUGCUGCCUGGUGCAAGUUCCUGCAUGUAAGUUGACAUUCUGGACACUUCACGAAAUAGAGAGCUUGGCAGGCUCUAUUCCUUUGCACUAGAAUGAGCUUUCUUUGUUUAUCUAGAGAGAAGAGACAGAAAAAGUCAUCGAUCUGAGACAGACAGAAAGUGAGAAAACAUCCAUGACUUCAUCCCCUCAGGGCCACUCCUUCCUCGCGGAACAUAUAUUCCGCUGUCUCGAACCCGCCCGGGGAAUUCUAUAAAACCCCGUCGUCAUCGCAUGGAACCUCACUCAUUUCCCAAUCCACCUUGACCUUAAGACCCCCCUUGACUUAACAUUCCCUCUACCCCCACACAUAUACACCCUUAAUCAGGCAUCAUGUCCCACCUCACCUACUACAAUUACGACGGUGUCGGCAAGCGCAACCAACAAACCUUCAAAUACAGCCAGGCCGUCCGCAUCGGCGACCGCAUCGAAUGUUCCGGCCAGGGCGGCUGGGACCCCCAGACCGGCGAGAUCCACCGCGAGAUCAACGCGCAGAUCGACCAGGCCUUCGCGAACGUGGACCUGAACCUGAAGACCGCUGGCGGCAAGGGCUGGAGCCAGGUGUUCCGGGUGAAUUCGUACCACGUGCCCAUCAACAACGAGGCGCUGGACGCCAUGGUCCGGAACUUCAAGAAGUGGAUGCCCGACCACGAGCCCCUGUGGACCUGUGUCGGGGUCACGCGGCUGGGCGAGGAUGAUAUGCGCGUUGAGAUUGAGGUUGUUGCGCAUGAUCCAAAAUAGGUUCUUGGGGGGGGGGAUUAGGUAUGACGAGGAAGAUGAGGGCAGAGGAUGGAGUGUGUAAGUAACUGGUUGAGAUGCUUUGUGAUUUGAUUCAGCGUGAUGGUGGAGAUGAAAAAGCGAAAACAAGGGGGUGCUUGGUGCUUGCAUCUGCAUAAUGAACGGAAUAUGAGGAUUGAUGAGACUGUCAUUUCAGUACAAAAAGAUCGGUGCAAUGGAUCAAUGAAGGUAAACAGUCUUCAGUCACGAAACAAAAACCCUGCAAGUACUUCUUCGGUCGGGUACCAGACCUGAACUAUGGCCAUUCGUUGUUACUCCUGAAGAACGGUUGUUAUACUCCAUGCUUGAUACAAUGGGCAUUGUGAGCUCUUUGUUGUAGAGAACUUCUAUCCCUGUUGUGCGGCUGCGUAUAUAUUGACCGUGAUGAUCGCCAUCAGUAACAUCAACCAUCGACCACCUUCAUCUUCACCUUC